AGGUCAUUGACGAGGCCAUGACAUUCUACUGUCACUGCCACUACUGUCUAGUGCCUGGUAUGAUGUGGUAAUACUUUUGUGUUGCUUUUAAGUAUGCAGUUAUCUUGAGGUCAACUACCUGUCUCGUUUAUGACAGGUAGUAUUUUUUCUUAAAGAUAUUCUUAUAUCGGACCUGGUAGAUGUCACCUGUUAUUAUUGCUUUGGCCGGUAAAUCCUCAUGGACUCCUCGGAGGAGAAAGGGGGUAGUGUCAGACUCUUACUGACUACUAUAAUGAUUCAUCAUACCGACGGCGCGGCGGCGGGGCAUCCUCGGAGAGAAAUGGCUGACUUAUUCCUUUCGCUUUUCGGAAGCUGACGUGUAAAGUGCGUCGGCCUCUCCGUCUCACUAUCGCCACAACCGCAGCACAGCACACAACUUUAGCUUUAACCACGCACUACACUAUGAUAGCGGUGUCUCUCCCGUCAGUACUAGGACUUCUAAGAAAGAAAACUGUUCAGACAACACACAGAGGAUCAUUUCAUGCAGUCACGUCUUAACUUUGAGUUCACUAAUAUUAAAUAACACAAAUACAUCAAGAUAAACACUAAUUAAUUCAUAACAUUUUCAUUCAUGUCCAAUUAAAGUAUUCAUUACCAUCUUUAUGACCUAAGCCAAGAAAUUAAUUGUCUAUUGUGUUCAGUUUGAUUUAGCGUGUCAAGACUGGAAGAGGACUCUAGUGGGGACCAUUCGCAGCGUUGCUUACAUGUUUGGCCUACUUUUUGUGGGUCCUCUAUCUGACAGGAUAGGCAGAAAAAAGGCUAUAGUACUAACAGGCAUGACUGGAGGUGUACUUGGCAUUGCCAAGAGUUUCGCGCCUAACUACGCAUGGUACAUGGUAUUGGAGUUCCUGGAGUCUGCCUUCGGAGAUUCUUGUUCACCAGUCUAUAUAUUAAAUGUCGAAAUUGUAACAACAAAGAAACGCGUACCGUUUUACGUGAUCUGUGGUAUAGGAUAUGCUAUAGGAGGCGUUAUACAAGCUUUGAUAGCCUGGCAGGUUCAGGACUGGAGGAACUUCCUAAGAGUGCUAUAUGCACCAGCUCUACUUUUCUUCCUCUACUUGUACCUUUUAGAUGAAAGCCCCAGGUGGCUGCUAACGAAGGGCAGGAAGAAUGAAGCAGCGGCUAUCAUUAGAAAGAUGGCGAAGACAAACAAGAUUAAAGUUGACGAGAAGACGCUUGAUGGUUUGGUUCGUGAUACAGAUGGAGACAACGACUUAGGCUUCAAAAGCGUAUUAAAGAGUACCUUUACAUCAAUAACUCUGUUCAGAAGAUUCAUAGUAUGUGUUAUUUGGUGGAUAACUUCAACCUUCGUCAACUACGGCUUGACGAUAGCAUCGGUAACUCUUCAAGGGAACAGAUAUUUGAAUUUUGCUAUAGUAUCCGUGGUAGACCUUCCUGGAUACUUCAUGGUGAUGUAUAUUCUGAUGAACUACAGGAGAAAGAUUCCGUUGAUAAUAACGUUCUUGAUUGGUGGCGUGUUUUGUGUGGGACAACCUUUUUUGCCGUUACAUCUAGCAUGGUUAUCAAUAACAAUGUUCAUGAUCGGCAAGUUGAUGGCGUCCAUGUUCUUUAUGAUGACGUACAUGUACACGUCAGAGCUGUUCCCCACGUACACGAGGAACUCCAUGCACGCGCUGUGCUCGUCUUUAGGCAGGAUCGGGUCCAUAGCCGCGCCGCAGAUGCCUUUAUUGGUAAGCUAGAUAAAAUAAAGCUAAUUUAGAUUUA